GUAUUGUUUUGGAUCGAAGGGUCGUAAAGAUAGAGGGGGUCCUGUAUUCUAGCCGCUCCUGACAAAAGAAUACUGACCAAGAGGCAAGCUGGACAAGUUACCGGAGUAUCUCCGAGAUACUAUGGACUGGUUUAUGGGGAAAGGCAGAAGAAAGGAUAAAGAUUCUCCAACACCUCCUGCACAGGAAGAGCCAAGACAGUACCUUGAGGAUAGUUGUGUGAGGGAACGGGUAACAGAGGCCGAUUUCUACAAACUUGUCAGUUUGCCUUCAUGUCUAGAUUAUAAUGAAUGGCUAGCAACACAUACUUUAUCAUUUUUCAAUCAUAUAACGUUGAUCUAUGGUGUGAUAUCUGAAUACUGUACAUCAGAAGGAUGCCCAUCUAUGUCUGCGCCAGGCAAUGUGCAAUUUUUAUGGUAUGAUGAGAAAGGAAAGAAAUAUAAGUACUCGGCUCCCCAGUAUGUGGAUUUCAUCACAACUUGCAUGCAAAAGGAAAUAUCUGAUGAGAAUGUCUUUCCUACAAAGUAUGGACAUCCAUUUCCAAACACGUUUGAAACAUCUGUGAAGAAGUUCCACAAGUAUCUGUUCCAUAUAGUUGCACAUAUAUACCAUGCUCAUUAUAGUGAUAUUGUCACUCUGGGCAUACAUGGACAUCUAAACAGUCUCUUCACACACUUCACUGUGUUUAACAUCAAGUUUGACCUGAUGGAGGACAAGGAAACAGACAUAUUGCAGGACCUUAUGAAGGCCUUGAUAAAACAACUUCCUGAUCCCAAUCAAAAUGAGGGCACAGACAGUAAUGAAAUCUCCCGAACAUAGCAGACCACAAUGUAUAGUUAAUUGUAUGUUAAUAUUUUAUGUAUAACUUACUCAUAUCCUGAAGGAUCUCAACAAUGUUAUAUUCUGCUGUGAGAGAGUUAUCGAGGGUCUUGUUCUGUGUUCACCAAAUGGUACAUUGAUGUGUAUCAAAUGUUAUUACAACUAGACCUUUACCCCAAGUGAGUGUUUACAUAAUGUACUUGUUGCGUACUGUGAUGGGGGUUUGCCCAGACUACAGUGAUAACGGAUUAUCCAAAAAUUUCUGUUAAAUGCCUUUCUUAUUGAAGGGAGAUAACUGCGGGAGGGAAAAAAAGCCAAAAAUGUUGCUUAAGAAGCCAGCAGAGAUGGUGUGCUAUACGAAAAAGAUCUGUGUGGCUAUGCUGACUGGUUACUGUGCCCUAGUUUACCAUUUACUGACGUGCUUUCAUUUGUAAAUACGGACAGAGUGAAUGAUGUGGACAACCAACUACAAACUGACAGUUGUAUUUAUUUUGUGGUAAUAUUCAACUUCAUGAAAGAGUUCUUUUUCUUUGUUGAAAAUGGCAUCUUAUAGUAUAUAUAUACACAAAAUAUAAGUAUAAAUAUCAGUGGUCAAAAUGAUUAUAAAUUACACCCAAUCACUACUUGGUGGUUUUCGAGUGUAUAUGAAAAUUUUGGUGUGACUAAAUUCAGUCACAGUGUUUACCCAGAUGGCUGUUUAGUGGUGCUUAGAAACCUAGGUUAUAGGAUGUGAUGUGUAGAUUUACAGCCAUGGUGAAAAACCACGCUGGGACCCUACAUCGGAUAUAGGUUACUGAAGUGACUUGUAGGCAGGGAAAACAGCAAUGAAUUUCGGGGAUUUUAUUGUUUUGUUAAAUCAAACAGAGUACUUCAGAAAUUUAGUGUAAAAGGGAAUUGUCAUAUGUUAACUGCACAGAAUAAAAUGUUCCUCUGAAGCAUAUAGAUAAUUAAAUAGUUCUACCAACCACAGAAGAGAACAAGUGGUAUCAUUGAUAUGAUCUUAACUGUAUAUUUUGACAUCAAAUACCCAUGGUAAAACAGACUUUUAAUGGAUAUCAAGUCAUUGCCCCAUAAAUAACCAAAGUUAGCUACUCGGAGUAGAACUUAAAAUCAAAGAGCACAAUUGGUUUGGUCUCAGAUAUAUCAAUUCUUCAUCAGACCUUACUGCAUAAAAUUUUAUUGAGCUACAAGACAGCCAGAUGUUAUAUUUAUAAUUGUAGUGUUGGAUGCUUCAUGUAGAAGGAAACGGCAUGAAAACAUAACUGUGCUGUGUGCAGUAUUUAGCAUUGAAUCCAGCUAUGGCGCCUAGAUAUUCACUGUGCAUACAUCAAAGCAAAUGUAACAUAGAUCAAUGGGUUUUAAGGUUUAAAAUAGUCAUUUAUGGAUAAACUUUAGUUGAACUACUCAGGGUUGCUGUGGAUUGCAGAUGUUUUGUGGAAAAUAUUUAUAUUUCAGAUAAAGCUUUGCAUUUCCAUCUCACUGAUGGUUGCUUGAAACACAAAUGAAAUAUUUCAAAAGAAAAAAAAAGAAUACAAAUAAUCAGUAUUUCUUUAUUCUGACAUCACAGACAAGUGAUUAUGUAUAAUAGUUGUGAUGUCACACCAAAACGUGUUUAUGGAAACAAUUAAUAUAAACUAGAAAAAUAAGUAAGUACUUUGUGAAAAUACAUAUAAAUAUAAAGUGAAAUUAAUCUUUUAAUGUUUCUUUAAUCUCAAUCAGGAUAUGUUCCAUCAUAUCACCCCUGGACAGAGAUGAAUCAGUUAGGAUUGUAAACAUUGAAUUAUAAUCAACUAUCACCACGUAAUUUACUUCCUGUUGUAUAACAAGCAAAUCUACGCCACAGCAUUUUACUAUAACUAACAGUGCCAUAAUGAUUAAGGAUCCAUGUUUACAAUACUCCAACUUCAGUAACUUGGUUUGAAUUUUCUGUUUUAAUUUUGAUAUAUUUCAUAACAUGAAUUUAUUGCUUUGGUGAAUUUUUUUUUAUUUUCUUGUAAUCCUUGUGAAAAGGAUAAAAGAAAAAGCUACCUUUUAUUAAUAUUUUGAUUACUUUUGUCAAUUAAUCUGUUAGUGAAAAUAUCAUUAGUCUUCAUCUCUUGUGAGAGAAAGACCAUAUGAUGUUGACUAUAUACAUUAUGUUAUAGAUUUAUUUCUGGACACAAAAUUAUUCAGAUGUGUGUGAGUUUGUAUUAAUUUUGUGUGAAGCUUUUUAUGUUGUUCUUUCCGUGACUUUUAGCUCACUUUUUUGAAGAGUUGAUAUUCUGAAGUGGUCAAGCAUUGUUCCAAAACAGAUUCAUGCUUUUUACCCCAUUUGCUCUAUAAUCAUAAUGACAAUAUUUUCAGAAAUGGAGCAAAUCAUGCACUUCACUGUAAAGUAUAGAAAUCAACUUUUCUGUUAUUCUGUUAGGAUGUUGAUAGGAUAGACGUUCAUAAUGGUUCAAACAUUGUUGAAAGGAAGUCAAGAUACUUCAAUUUUUAUUUUCUUUUUUCAUUGUUGGACUCAUUUAUUUAUAAAACAUUCUUUGACUAAUUUAGCAAUGCUGUUAUUAGACAAUAUUAGUACAGAAAAUGUUUUUUUGAUUGUACUUCAGUCAAAACUAUUGUUUAUUCUUGAGAUUAUCCUUCAUGCUUGAAAAGUUAUAUACCUUUAAUGAUAUGUAACUGCAGGAAUGCCUCCUUUUUCAAUAAUCAUUUGAUGAAUUAUGUUUUUUUUUUUUAAUGUGUGGAAUGUGGAACUUCCUUUUUCUCAUAAAAUCCUUAUGGUUGAAAUAAAAGGGAGAUAAUUUAGUGGUAACCAAUAUCAUAUCGGUCAUUUCUGACUGAGGUGCUUCUAAUUAAUAUCAAAAUAUAACGCAAUAUCUUGUGUAUGUUGCUGAUAAGACAUAAUCACUACCUUCUAAAAUGUUACCACUAUUCCUUGGUGUCUUCUAGUCAUAAUAUACAGCAGUACUCUGUUGUAUAAGGUAUAAAAAACACUGUAUUUACUAAUAGUCCAUGAAUUAUCCUUGUCGGUAUAAAAUCCACUUAUUAUUUACAAGCACAACAAAAACUAGAUCUAAAUCACUUGAUAUAGGUAUGAACAUGUUAUUGUUUACUUUAAGUAGUGUUUAAAGUAGGGUUAUGUACCUGCGUGUAUAAUUGAUAUAUAUUGUAUGUGUACAGUUUUGAAACAUGAUAUUAUACAUUUUAAGUGAAACCUAGAGCAUGGUAUAAAUAACAGUGAACUGACACAUCUGUGUAGGUGUAGGGUAUAGAAAUAUUAAACAUAUCAUUAACUUGGAUGUAGGUUUGUCUACAUCAGGAGAAUGUUUUACCAGGUGAUGAUAACUGUACUUGUACCAUGAUUGGUACUAACAGUUUAUGUUACAGUGAACUACAUUUAAAGUUCAUGGUCCUAUAAACUGCUACAAAUCAAUUAUGAAAAAUGUAGCCACUGAUUCUUAGGUUCCAUGUCAAGCAGUAAUAAUUCAAAGUAGUAUGAGAUACGGCUGCUGUCAAUGUUAUCAUGGAUAGAGCAGAAAUUUAAGUAUUUUGUUAGCAUGUAUAGAUGCUUAUGGCACGCAUAGCUCUUAGUGAAAAGAAUGAGGUAUUUGAUAAAUUAUGAAAAUGUUUAAGCCAGAAGUAUUUCUGUAAUGACUUAAACCAUGCCCAGAUAAAGGAUAUGCUGGCAUAACUCUUGAUGCAGUGAUUUAGCAAUUUAUUAUUUUUGAGAAAUUCAGCCUUCAGUAAAAGAGAUGUAGAAAAAUAGCAAAAUGCUCAGCAAAUUGUCUUCAACAUAGUGUUUGUAGACAAGUCUGAUGUAUAGGAUGUGUAUAACAUUAGACAAGCGAAAGACAACUGAAUAAACAUAAUACCAUUGACAUAUUAUAGGUGACAUGAUAAAUAUUCAACAAUAAUCUGUUUGAAAUCCAAGAACACUUUCUUGCUCAUUGCAAUACUAAAAUAUUCUGGAAACGUUCACUUACUUCAAAGUCCGCUCAAGAUAGAUUAUAAUUUUCAAAAUGUGUUUGAAGUUAUAUUAAUAAUGUUAAUGCUCUGAAAUUAGAACUGGACCAUUGUCACACCUGAAAAAGUUAUAGAAUUAACUAGAUCGUAUGUCACUUCAUUAAAUUCUGUAUGUUAUCAUUUUGAUGAUAAUGAAGUAUUAAUGACAUUUAUGGAGUCGUUACUGGCAGGCAUUGGUCUGUUAAUGACAUUCAUGGUGUCAUUAAUGACUUUCAUAUGUCAUUAAUAAUAUCUAUGUGUAACAAUUAUAAAAUAUUAAAUGACAUGAUUGUUGUAGGUAUAAAUGGCAGAGGAUUUUGAGAUUUACCUCUUGGAGAAUGUCUAGUUCUUGAAUUCAAAAUCAAAGUUAGUCAUAGAAAAUUUUAAUGAGAAGUAGAGAAUUUCUUCACACAUAUGUGAUGUUAUUGAAUGUAGACUGGGACAGUUUUUGUUGCAUGACAUAAUUUUUGCCAAAGUAGAAUUGUUUUCAAUAUUAUAAGAUUAUUAUUGUAAUUGUUUUCCAGAGAAGUAUUCUUGUGUAUGUAAUGUUGAAGUACUGAGUAAAACCCACUAAACACAAAAUCUAGGCAAUCAGUCUCACUGUUGCUGGUACAACCUGUGACCUUGUCACAAUGCAAUAAAGUUUAUAGAAUGAA